AUAUGUCAAUAUCAUCAAAUGACGGCUUAUUGGUUUGUGCCAUUGAUUUUGGCACAACCUUCUCGGGAUACGCUUACUCCAUGAAAACCGAUUUUGAAGAUGAUCCGUUAAAAAUAUCACUACCAGAUUGGAAGGCCCCAUCAAGUAUACAAAUUUCUGAAAAGACCCCAACUACACUUCUGAUGGACGGUGAUCAAAAUUUUGUGGCGUUUGGAUACGAAGCAGAAUCAAAAUAUGCCGAGCUAGCAGAAGAGGAUGAACAUCUGGAUUAUUACUAUUUCAGACGAUUCAAAAUGGUGUUAUACAACAAACUGAGAAAAGAGGUAACGAGAUUGACAAUGGAAACAAAAAUCAAGGACAUUACAGAAAAGAAGGAAAUACUGGCAAUGGAUAUAUUUAGUCAUUCGAUAGAAUUCUUGAAGAAACACAUGCUGGAUACUGCAAGAAGGAAAGGGUUAGGCGUAAGAGAGUCAGAGAUCAAUUGGGUGUUGACUGUACCUGCCAUGUGGUCAGAUCCAGCCAAACAGUUUAUGAGUAAAGCCGCCGAAAAGGCUGGGAUUCCGAGAACAAGACUUAUCCUGGCUUUGGAACCAGAAGCAGCAUCCAUUUAUUGCAGGCUUCUGCCACUGACGAAACUGGAAGGGAGUAAUGAUAUUGGUGUUUUCAAACCAGGCAGCAAAUACCUAGUACUUGAUGCAGGAGGAGGAACAGUAGACAUAACGGUCCACAAAGUCAGAAAUGAUGGCUCCUUAGAGGAACUAGAGAAGGCUAGCGGAGGUGACUGGGGAGGGACUUGUGUAGAUAUGACAUUCAAACAAACUCUUAUGGAUGUCGUGGGGGAGUUAUACGUGGAGGAAUAUUGUCUUAAAUUUACUGGUGAUUACAUUGAACUUCUUCGAGACUUUGAAAUGAAGAAGAGGAAAAAAACAAAUGUUCCUCAAUCAAAAGUUACUAUGAAAAUUCCAGCAACAUUCUCUGAAUGGUUUGAAGAACAUGAAAAUGCAAACAUAAUUGAGAUAACUAAAAACUCUAAGUAUGGAAAAAGUAUGAAAUGGGAAGGAGACAAACUACGAAUCACACAGGCAUUAUUUGACAGUUAUUUCCAACCUGCAUGCGCAGGUAUUAUUGAUCAUGUCAGUGACAUACUUCAGCGACCUAAGGUGAAAGGCACAAGCACAAUAUUGAUGGUCGGUGGGUUUUCCGAAUCGCCAAUAUUGCAAGCCCGUCUUCGUCAUGUUUUUCCUUUACCUGAGUAUCGAGUUGUAGUUCCAAUUGACGCUGGUUUAGCAGUUUUGAAAGGCGCUGUAUUGUUUGGCCACAAUCCUCGCAUAAUAUCCGCAAGAAUUGCCAAGUAUGCAUAUGGCGUCGCUUCUUUUCAAUUAUUUGACCCCAAAAUCCACGAAAAAGAAAAGAAAGUUAACAUUCAUGGUAAAGAUUAUUGUAGCGAUAUAUUCCACGUACAUGUCAAGAAAGGUGCUACUCUUUUUAUUGAUGAUGCACAAUUAAAACGAACUUACGAGCCUAAUCGUGAUGACCAAACAGAAAUCGAUUUAGAGAUAUACAUAUCAGAGUUGGACAAUCCCCCAAAAUAUGUCACCGAUCCGGGCUGUCAGCAUCUCGGGACGGUAACAGUUAAAAUCCCUGAUGGCAAGACAUCCAAAGCGCGUGAAGUGUCCGUACAGUUAAUAUUUGGAGGAACGGAAAUUCGAGUCGUAGCAAAAAGUGUAGCCACAGGGAAUGUUAUUACUGCAGAAUUCAAUCUACUUGAAGGCAGAAACGAAUCGUAUUAG